GUCACGAGGGAAGGCGACAAAGUUUCUAUAUAAGUCGAUGCCAUGUAUCGCUCAAGUGUCAACCAAAACUUUACCAUGAGAUCAUUCGCAAUCAUCGCUGUUGCACUCUUUGGAUGCGUGAUGUCACAAGGGGGAGGUGGCGCCAACUUCGACCAGAUCUUCAACAGAUACGCUGGAAGCGACAACCAGUUCUCUCAAGCCGAGUUCAGCAGGUUUUGGCUUCACUUUGACGACAAUGGUGAUGGUGACGUAAGCAAACGGGAAUUCGACCAAGGCUGGAGGCAAGAAGGUUUCCCAAAUCCAGAAAACGCCCCUCUUUUCUUUGAAAGACUGGACAGAGUUGCCGACGAGGUUCUCAACGCCCAAGACUUCCCUCACAUUUUCCGUCUGUUUGAUGAGGACGGUAACGGAUCCAUAUCUGAGAGAGAGUUCAGGUAUAACUGGAAUGCCUACUUCUAGACAAGGUGAUAUGUCUAGUAUGAAUAAUUUUGUAAAUUUUACCAUGAGCUUGUCAGAAAAUUUGUUCUAUUAAAUAUAAGUUCCUGUAAAAAAUGCUA